AUGGAUGCAUAUUUAUAUAGCUAUAUUUUCAUUUUAAGUGUGGUAGAGAAACUUUUCUCUGGUGACAAGAGGCCUCUCCACUCUAAGCUGACAGUUACUAGUUCUAGUAAGAGAGUGGUUGAAUGGAAAACUUCCCAUGCAGGGGGAGACCAAGCUGAAAAUUACCUUGGACAGGACAGCUCUGAUGAUAAUCACAGUGGAACUCUUGGCCCUUCUCUCACAUCAGAUGCACCUUUUUUGCCAGAUUAUCAGGAUGAGGGAAUAGAAGACUUCACAAGAGGAGCUCAAGAGCUUGAUAACAUCAUCAAGCAAGGAUACUUGGAGAAGAAAAGUAAAGAUCAUAGUUUCUUUGGAUCAGAGUGGCAGAAGAGAUGGUGUGUUGUCAGCAGAGGCCUCUUCUACUACUAUGCUAAUGAGAAAAGCAAGCAGCCCAAAGGGACCUUUCUCAUUAAGGGCUACAGUGUACGGAUGGCCCCCUACCUGCGAAAAGAUUCCAAGAAAGAAUCCUGCUUUGAGCUGACCUCCCAGGAUAGGCGCAGCUAUGAGUUUACAGCUACUAAUCCUGCGGAAGCCAGAGACUGGGUGGAUCAAAUAAGUUUCUUGUUAAAGGACCUGAGUUCCCUGACGAUUCCAUACGAAGAGGAGGAAGAGGAGGAAGAGGAGGACGAGAUGUAUGAUGAUAUCGAUGGUCUUGACUCCCAAAACUCUGGUUCCCAGCGCAGACCCAUUAUGUUGCCUGGCAGUCUGGGACUGAAACAGCCCUCAGAGGAGAAAGAAGAAGAUGAUAUUUACGAAGUCUUACCAGAUGAAGAGCAUGCUCUAGAGGAGGAUGAGUGCAGCACUGGACAAAAACGAGUGGACUAUGCCAGUUAUUACCAGGGCUUAUGGGAUUGCCAUGGUGACCAGCCAGACGAACUGUCCUUCCAACGGGGUGACCUCAUCCGCAUUCUGAGCAAGGAGUAUAAUAUGUAUGGCUGGUGGGUAGGAGAACUUAACAGCCUCAUUGGGAUUGUUCCAAAGGAGUAUCUCACAGCUGCCUUUGAGGUAGAAGAAAGAUGAAGGCCAGGUAUUGGAACUACUGCCAAUGAAUGUAUUUGCCAUGCCUUUGUUUCUCUGUGAAGGAUGAGUUUCCAGUGAAGUAGCUUUUCUUCAUUUCCAAAAGUGAUGCUAAUAAUUCACCACUGAGAGAUGAUUCUGGAAUUGUUUUUCCUAAAUUAGGGGACUGUGUCAGUUAUGGUUAGGUUCAACUACAUGUGACAGAAAACUAAAAAUAACUGAUUUAAUUAACACAGAAUUUUAUUUUUCUGUAAAAAUCCAGAGGUAAUACAAGGUAUCUAGGUCCCAGGUACCUUCUCUUUUGCUCCACUGUGUGUGACCAACAUUCCUAAAGUUACCUCAUGGCCCACGAUGGAUGCUGCAGCGCCAGCUAUCAUGUCUGUAUCCUACCCAGCAGGAAAGAUAAAAGGAAAAGGGCACACCCUCUCCUUUUAGGGACACUUCACAGAUGUUGCACACACCACUUCUGCUUACGGUUCUUUGGCCAGAACUUGGACAUACAGAACGACAAAGCUGCAAAGAAAGCUUUAUUCUAGAUAAAACCUGUGUCUAGCUUAAAAGUGGAAGAGGAAUUCAUUAAUAAAAUAAAAAGGGGAGAAUGGAUAUUGGGGACAACUAGGAAUCUUUGCCACAAGCAUGGGUCUGGGUUUCUACAUCCCCAGCUCUCAAAUCCAGGCAGGGCACCAUUUCCCCCAAAUUCCCAUGUAUUACAAUAUGAUUGAUCAAGAGUAGGAACCCUGUUUGAGGAUUCCUAGGGAACAUAAAUUAACUUUUAGGUAAUAAAAAAUAUGGCAUUUUAUGGGCAAGAAUCCUAUCAUAUUUUAAAACAGUUGGCUGAGUGCUUGCUUUGGGUGAAGUAACUUUGCAA